AUGGGGCCGCUAUGCGCGGGUGGGGGUGGUUUUUGUCGUCAACAAGAUCCGCGCGGUGGGGCUCAGGGUCUCUUCAAAACGGAGGCCAUCUGGUUUGACGGGUCUCGGCAAAAAGGCCCGGCGGAGCCCCACAUAACGGUGGAAGACAUCCGUAUCAAGCCGCUGGUCUUUCCACCAGCACGUAGACCGCAUGGCCCCUCCGGGUUAGGGCAGCCAUGGCCGGCUGUUGCCCGACCUGGGAGAACAGUGGCGCUGUAUGGCGUCCCCGUGUGGGCUAAGAAGAUAUACGCCAGCCGCGCGCUCUGCGAGGAGCAGCGGCGGCUGGCGGUGAGGCUCAUACGAGGCACUGUCUCUCAGGAGGCGGCGUGCGUGCUGUCAGAAUCCGUUCCUUGGAACCUCUUGGCCGUGGAGCACCUGGAACGCUACCUUUGGCGUUUGGGGCUCCGCGUCGAAGGGGGGACCCCGACGGCGCAAGCGGUCGUGCGGUGGAACGAUCAGGCCCGGCGGCUUACGGUCGCGACGUGGAAGGAGAGGCUGGCCUUUGCGACGGCCGGCCUUAGAGCCGUCAGGGCGAUCCGGCCGGUUCUUCCGGAACGACUGGAUCGCCGGUACGGGACACUCUCCUAUAAGAUGACGCAGGUGCUCACCGGACACGGGUGCUAUCUGCAUAACAAGGUGGGGCGCGAGUCGACGACGAGGUGCCACUAUUGCGGGGCGGACGAGAACUCGGCGCAGCACACGCUGGAGAUAUAUCCCCGUGGGCGAACGAGCGCCGAGUCCUCACGGGUGUCCUCGGCACCAAUGAUCUCUCGCUGUCAGGCGUCGUGCGGAGGAUGCUCGACAGCGAGGAAAACUGGGAGGCCGUGUCCUUCUGCGAGGAAGUGA